GAAGUUGGGUCUGGUCCCGCGCGCGUCAGAGAAGGGGGCUUCCGGUGACGUCACUGAGGAGCGACUGCGGAAGCGAGUAGCGACGCACGUGGAGCGGCAGCGGAGGCAUGGAAGCCGGGGCAGCGAAGGGGGCGCUUCUCCCCCUGGAUCCCCAGCAGAUUAAAAGGGCAGCUCUAGCGUUGCUUGCAUGGAGCAAGAACAAGAAGAAAACAGCUGAGAAACUGCUGUUGAAUGAGGACCAGAAAUUCUUUUUGAUGGUCACUGUCUGGAAGAUCCCGCCACGUGAGCAAGUCAUCAAAAUACCACUGCCUCAUAAUACCCAGCCUGCAACAGUCGAGGUUUGCCUCUUCACAAAAGAUGAGCCUGGUUUAACAGCGGAACAGACAGAGAACUUGUACAAGAAGUUGUUGUCCCAACACGGGAUCACAAGCAUUACUGAGGUGAUCUCCUAUAAAACACUCAAAAAAGAAUACAAGCCUUUUGAAGCCAAACGUCGUCUUCUGUCUCGGUUCACCUUGUUUCUUUCUGAUGAUCGUAUUCGAAGGCUUCUACCAUCGCACAUAGGGAAGCACUUCUAUAAGAGUAAAAAAGCUCCUUUGUCUGUGAACUUGCGUGCAAAGGAUUUGGCUAAGGAGAUAAACAAGCACGUCCAAGGAACUAUUCUUCCAGUCACCAACAAGGGUUGUUGCUAUUCAGCACACAUUGGUCACACUGGCAUGGAUGCUGGGAAGAUUUCUGAGAACAUUAUUGCUGCUGCCAAAGUGAUUGCUGCUAAAGCACCACAGAUCUGGAAAAGUGUUAAAAUUCUUCAUCUCAAAACAGACAAAUCUGUUGCCCUUCCACUCGUUACUUGGAGUAAUUCCAAAUCAGAUGCUAUUCAGAAACAUACAGACACUGCAAUACAGGAUGUUCGGACACAGAAAAAGAAAGAAAAGACUAAAAUUAAAAAUAAUGCUAAAGGGGACAGCACAACAAUAAUAAAUAAAAGUGAUGCCCCUGAUGCUGGAAGACCAGAUCUGGAAAUGGUGUGCCUCUCUGCCACAGUCGAAUCAGAGGAAGAAGAUAGAGAAAUUCCACAACUAGUUCCAAUUGAAAGUUCUUCAAGUGUGAAAGGGAAAAAGGUAAUACAGCCUAGUCCUGCUCCAGGAAGAAAGGUCAAGCCAGACACUAAAGGAUCACCAACUCUCCUUGGCAAGAGGAAAAUGUUGCCAUCAUUGGAAACUCCAGAAGUGCAGCCGGAAACACCUGGAGAUGGGUCAGGCUUGCAGACACCAAAACUGCAGAGACAGUACAAAACACCUGAGACGCCAAAGCAAAAAGUCUCAGAAAAGAAGCAGGGGGGGAAAAAGCAGACGCCAGCAGCAAACUCUUCUCAAACCCCUAAAAUGGUAAAAGCUGUGAGGUCUUCCAAGAAAGGUUCUCAAACCCCUGCGCAAGAACUCAAGAAAGUGAAAGUGCCAUAGUUGGCAUGAACAAAAAAGAGCACAGUUACUGUUUUAACAUAAAAAUAAGUGGAGGCUUUGCAGAGAAGAAACUUUCAUUUAAAUGUUGACUUUCUGCAGCCAUGCUUUCUUAGCAGCCUAUGAUUUUUUCUUUCUAAGCAUUGGUAAGGAAGCUGAAAUACUUCCUUGCCUUUUUCUAAUCUUUCUCCUAAAGUCAAACCUUAUUUUCUGACAUACAGAUUGUAUCAUCUUUUCUAUCUCUAGCUAAUUACCUGUGCUUAAUAUUGGCUUAGUGAUUUCAUAUGAGAAAUAACACAGUAUUAAAAAAACCAUAAUUACUAAAGCAACAAACAAAAUUA